AUCAGUAAGAACCAUUUGUCUUAUUUUUGUUCCAUGUACAGGUAACUCCUCAACUCAGGCUGGACGUGAACGUCCCACAGCUCCCAGUUCAAUUGUUUCAAGAGUUCGCCGCGAUAUAACACUCGGAUGUUGGACCCUCCCUGGCUCAGGUCAAGGAACAGGGAAACAAUCAGAGAUAGAGAGAGAAAAUGCCAACAACUAUUAGCAAACAAGACCAAAAAGGAAAAGAAAAAAAGGAAGGGAGGAAACAAGGAAAACAAAGACCAGUAGGACUCCCUUUCCCAAGUUACAAGGCAAAGGAGCGUUUCGGAGUAAAGGAGAAAACCAAAGGGAAGAAAAAGCCCGGUCAUCUUGGUGUGCAAACAGUGAAUGCGAUCUGCUACCGAGGGCAAGAAUCGAUUCGUCCGUUUCAUCACGAGCUGACCGCCACCAAUGCACCACGCCGGGGCCUCAAGCAUCACCGUGCUCCUCCCUGCUCACCCCACUCCAAUUUUGCCAAACUCCACUCACCAAAACCCCCCUUGACAGCUCUCAUAUCCUCGAAUCUCAACAAAGCCCCGGAUGCGCUGGGGAAACCCAGACAGCUUCUGGAGGGCCUCGCCAGUUUGGACAGGUUUGUAAAUCCAUGAGAAACAGUUGCUCUCGACAGCUCAAAUCCAGAGAACGCGCAAAACCCAAGAGAGUUCGAGAAAUC